UCAUGGUUGAAGGUAGAGUAUAAAAACAACUUUAAGUAAAUUUAAAAUGAAUUUAAGUAUCCUCUGAGAGAUAAGCAUGCCAAUUUAUAUCUUUGGAGUGGCUUAUUAUUUUUAUUGAAGUUUAUCUAUAGAUUUUAUCAAAUAGAAUCUAUAUGA